UUUUACUCACACUGGUGUGUAACGCUGGGGAGGUAUUAUUGGGUGUCACUUCGCUGCACACAAAACCACGAGGGGUUCACCAGAGAUCGUUUACUCGAACUCUACACGAUUUUCGAUAAACCGCACCUCGUUGCGCAAGGAAGUAUUAAGAAGGAGAAGAAGCACAAACCGAGGAACAGUCAACGCCGAAUGUGUAGAAUAAGGAAGAAGAAUAUUGGUCCGUUGACUCUUUGUUGACACUCGUAAGGAGUUGUUGGGAUCUCUCAAGCCCAGCCAUGGAAGAAGUGAUACGGAGAUUUCUUUCCUGAUGCUGCGAUCUCACGCGUAAGCGUUCCCUACAAAAAUGGACACGAAGUUGCUGGCCUCCGCCGUGGUCGUCUGGGAAUGGCUGAACGAGCACGGGCGCUGGCGGCCGUACAGCCCAGCCGUGUCUCACCACAUAGAGGCGGUGAUAAGAAGCGAUCUCCGCGGCGGCAGCGUCGUUUUAGGCCGAGCUGACAGCCGCCUGUCGCCCUACAUCAUCGAUCUACACUCCAUGCAUCAGUUCAGACAAGAUACCGGUACGUUAAGACCAGUGCGACGGAGUUUCUAUGACCCCACCUCAGCACCAGGCCAAGGUUGGAUAUGGGAGUGGGAAAAUGACGCAGGUUCCUGGACGACCUAUGACAUGGAGGUGAUCAUUGCCUUGCAAGCAGCAUGGGACCGACAGCAACCCUGGCUGGAUCUGACAUCGAUGGGCUUUUGUUACUUUGUGGACUUCCAGACCAUGACCCAGAUUAACAGGCAAACACAGCAGCAGCGGCGCAUCCAGAGACACUCAGACAUGGUUUACCCACUAGUCUCUGGGCCACUGUCUAAAACCUCACAGGCUUGGGGUACAGGCUCAGGGUCUGGAGGCAUUGCUAAAGGACUUACAUCAGGUGGGGGCUCAAACGGGGCACUUCUUGGGGUAGGUGUUUCUGGAUCUACCUUGAGUAGAAAAGGAAGUGCGGUUUACCCAAGCGGGACACUUUCGGUAUCAUCUCUCGCUCCUUCUGGACAGCCAUGCACCUGCCAGCAGUGCAUGCUGGUGUUGAGUGUAAAGGCAAAUGGCACCUCAUCACAGACACUGGGACGUGCAACAAAGCCAAACAGUCCUAAAUCCAACUUUGGGACACUUACAUCCACCUCUGCGUCCAUGUCUGUUUUAAACUCCUAUUCUCAUACACUACCACAUGGCACAUCUUUAAAAUGCUCGCUCUCGGAAGAAGCCAAGAAUUCUGCUACUUUUGAUCAGUCAUUGUCUCUUCUCACAUCGGGCACUGCCAAUCUCUCAGUCUCCUCCAGCCGCCCACCGCCUCCAACUCUGCCAUCGCCGAAUCAGCAUCCUUCAUCCGCCCCAAGCUCUUCGUCUUCUGCAACAUUUGUUCCAACUGCCAUGCUUAUUAACACAUCAACCAGUCGCUCAUCAUCCACAGAUUUGACGUCAUCUUCAACAUCGUUGCCUUCUCAACGCUCUGCUGCCUGUGCUGCCCCUCUGCCAUCUCGUGCCAGUCUGACAGGGCUUAGUCGGCCUGCUUUGCAGAGAAUUGCCAUGGCACAGUCACGGGCCCUUAUUGCCUCUGGGGUACCGACAGUACCAGUGAAGAAUCUUAAUGACUCCAGCACUGUCCAUCCGGCUUUAGCUGGUAUUACGGGUAUUCUGAUGAGUGCAGCAGGACUACCAGUAUGUUUGACCCGUCCACCAAAACUAGUUCUGCAUCCCCCACCUGUCAACAAGAGUGACAUAAGACCAAUUCCUGGCAUUGGGAAGUGUUGCCGCAAGACCACCAAGAAACAAGCACGCAAAGGUAGAACACCUGAGGAAGUGGUAAAAAGGUACUUGCAGAAGGUCAGGAAUCCGCCAGAAGAAGAUUGUACUAUUUGUAUGGAGGCUCUAGAGGGACCCUCGGGGUAUAAGGGUCCUGGUGUACCAAGUGUUUCACGUGCAGAGUCGGUUGGAAGACUGGCACAAUGUGGGCAUCUUUAUCACCUGCAGUGCCUAGUGGCCAUGUACAACAAUGGCAACAAAGAUGGCAGCCUGCAGUGUCCCACAUGCAAGACAAUAUAUGGAGUAAAGACAGGCAACCAGCCACCCGGUAAGAUGGAGUACCAUGUCAUCCCGCACUCACUUCCAGGACACCCAGACUGCAAAACCAUUCGCAUCAUCUACAACAUACCGCCCGGGAUACAGGGUCCUGAGCAUCCAAAUCCAGGGAAGCCUUUUACGGCAAGAGGAUUUCCCCGUCACUGCUAUCUUCCAGACAAUGAAAAAGGACACAAGGCAUUAAGGCUGUUAUUGGUGGCGUGGGAUCGACGGCUGAUCUUCUCAGUGGGCACCUCCAGCACCACAGGAGAAUCAGACACUGUCAUCUGGAAUGAGAUCCAUCACAAGACAGAAUUUGGCUCCAAUCUUACUGGACAUGGCUAUCCAGAUUCUGGCUAUAUUGACAAUGUACUAGACGAGCUUAAAGCCCAGGGCAUCACUGAAGACGAGGAACAGCAACUGUGAAGAGGACGGGAUGUGCUCGAUGGCAGUGAAAAAAAAAUGGUACUAGAUGUUCUAGGAGUGCAUCAGAGCUCAGAAAUACAUGUGAAUUCAUAUGAAAAAGAGAACUCUGAUAUAAAACAAUGUGACCAAUUGGUACAAAUUACUAUGAGGUAUAAGUCAGCAAGUAUCCUAAUCUCAAUACAAAUUAGGGCAUGAAGUAACACAACUAACAUGAGAAUGAUAUUUGGUUAAAGGUGAAAGAUAGGUUUGAAA